AUGGUGAUACCCCGCGAGAAAGAGUUUUCUCCAUCAGCUUUCGGGGUCUAUCCUCGACCACGCGAGUUGCCGUCACCAGUUUGUUGCUUUCAGAUUAUGCAUAUUCGGACUGGAGCCAUGUGGAUCGCCUACGGAGAAAUGAUGUGGAUCACGAGUCAAGUCUCCUUUUGGGCGGCUCAAGCUGUCACUGGUGGCUGGAAUCCAAUGACGAUCUUGCUCGGUUUCCUCACCGUCAUUCUGCAGAUCAUUUUGGUCAUUCACUUGGUUAAAGGAAUUCGAGAGUUCCGCUUAUCAUUAUUGCUCGUUUACAUGUGUGUGAAAAAG